UGGUAGGACGCCAUCUCACACUCCACUCGCCACUUCUUCCGAUUCCCAAUCUCCACUGCCACUAUCUCAUCAAUGCCAAAGAGCCAAACGUAGCGCGUCUAAGAUCUGGUGCGGAGAAACCGCCAUCGAACAGUGUGAUGGCCGGAAUGCGCCCCGCCCGCCCGGUCACAGGCUUCGGCGCCUUGUUCUCCUACAAGGUCUUCGCCUCCGCCGUCUUCACUCUCCUCUCCCUCGCCGCCCUCUCCGCCAUCCUCUCCUCCUCCUCCUCCUCCUCUCCCCCUUCCCACAACACCGCCUCUGCCGCAGUCCGCCGCCGCGGCUUUCUUGCCUCCGACCCCCUCCGCGCCCGUCUCGACCUGAUCUACCGCCAGGCCGCCGACCACUCCGCCCUCGCCACCGCCUAUGCCGCCUACGCCCGUCGCCUCAAGCUCGACUCCUCCCGCCAGCUCCGCGUCUUUCAGGGCCUCGCCGCAACUCUUUCAGACCUUUCCACCCGCCUCGCCGCCCCUGUCGACGACGAAGACGCCCUCCGCCCUCUCGAGAAGGAGGCCAAGGACCGCAUCAAGCUCGCCCGCCAGCUCGUUGGCGAGUCCAAGGAGGCUUUCGACACCCAACUCAAGAUCCAGAAGCUCCGUGACACCAUCUUCGCCGUCCGGGAGCAGCUCCACCGUGCCAAGAAGCUCGGCGCUCUUGCCGGCUCCAUCGCCGCCGGAUCCACCCCCAAGAGCCUCCAUUGCCUCGCCAUGCGCCUCAUGGAGGAGCGGAUCGCCCACCCCGAGACCUACCGCCGCGCCGCCUCAGUCGCCCCGGCCGAUCUCGCCGACCCUGACCUCUACCACUACGCCAUCUUCUCCGACAACGUGAUCGCCGUUUCCGUGGUGAUCAACUCCGCCAUCAAGAACGCGGAGGAGCCCUCGAAGCACGUCUUCCAUGUCGUCACCGACCCAAUGUACCUGGCGGCCAUGCAGGUCUGGUUCGUUCGCCGCCCGCCGGCUCGCGGCGCCAAGGUGGAGGUGAGGUCUCUCGCCGAGUUCGGGUUCUUGAACUCCUCCUACUCACCGGUGGUACGGAUGGUCGAGGGCGGGCGGCGCGACCUGUCGGUGCUGGACCACCUGAGGUUCUACCUGCCCGAAAUGUACCCUAAGCUGAGGCGAAUCGUGCUUUUGGAGGACGACGUGGUGGUGCAGAAGGAUCUAACAGGGCUGUGGCGGGUCGAUUUGGAUGGCAUGGUGAACGGGGCAGUCGAAACGUGCUUCGGUGGUUUUAGGAGGUACAGCAGGUACUUGAACUUCUCGAUUCCUCAAGUCCGGGAUCAAUUCAGCCCGAGGGCGUGCGCUUGGGCCUACGGCGUGAACGUCUUUGACCUCGAUGCAUGGAGGAGGGAGAGAUGCACCGAUCGAUUCCAUCAGUAUCAGAGCCUGAAUGAAGAUGGAACUCUCUGGAACCCGGCAUCUGUGCUUCCAGCUGGACUAGUUACCUUUUACACUACCACAAAGCCACUGGAUAAGACUUGGCAUGUUAUGGGUCUUGGUUAUAAUCCAAGUGUAAGUCCUGAUGAGAUUCGAAAUGCAGCUGUAAUACACUUUGAUGGGAACAUGAAACCAUGGCUUGAUGUGGCCCUGAACCAAUACAAGCAUCUCUGGACAAAGUAUGUUGAUACCGAAAUGGAUUUCCUGCAGCUCUGCAACUUUGGCAUCUAAUUCAGAAUAACAUAGAGCUUCGCCUGUGUAAGGAUUUCGAGUACUUGAUUUAGAAUUAGUACUUUUGAUGCUGGGCAAAGUGCCCUAUAUUUUCAUUUUAUGAUGGAAAGAUGUCCUUUCUGGUUAUGCCAUUUGCCAAUAGUUGUUUUCCUUUUUUAUUUUUUUCCACUGUGUAGAUGUUUCCACCAUUGCGAUCUGUAGCCCCCCAUAUGACAAUGAAUGAAGUCAUUUUUGGGCAAUAAAAUUUUGAUGUUUCUUA